AUGAUUUUGCCGAUCAAUUUCAUCUUAGCCGUAGUGGCCAUUCUUCCUUGUGCAACAUCAUCUCCGUUGCUCCCCAAAGAAAACAGUGUCAUCAGACCAGUCCAUGCAAUCGAACAACGGGCAACACAUAUAAUAGCGACGCCAUCAGUCACAUCAUCUCCAACAUCAACAACCAAGAAGCACGCUACUAAAACCACGACGACACCAAUCGUUACCAAAACCGGCGUAGCAGAUUGCAACGUUCAAGGGACUGCAAACGAAGUCAUGACAUCAAAAAUAUUCGGAAGCGCCAGAGCAUCAGAUAUCCUCAAUUGCCAAGUGCAAUGUCGAACUAUUACUGCUUGUAUAUCUUAUUCGUACCAGCCUCCGGCUAGCACCAAGGAUGACAACUGCGUGUUCUAUAACAUGUUUCUCGAUAAAGGGGUUAAGCCAAGUAAGAGGAGUGGCAUCUUUUUCUCAGACAAGUAUCCGGAUGAUGGAAGUGAUUAUUGUUAUUCAAGUGGUUAG